CGCAUGCGCAUUAAGGAACUUCCUAAGUCUAAUAGUGAAAGUAAAUGGCGUCAAUGGCAAGCGUAUCAGCUAAAGUCGCCCGGAAAGCGGCUUUUAGUACUGUUGUAAGUUAAAUUGUUCAUAAGACAAUUAAAUGCUGUUAAAUAAAAAAAUAUGUUUCACAAAUAUCUAUUUUGAUUAAAAGCAUGAACUUUUAAAUUAUAACGCAAUACUUCGCUCACGAUACAGCUAGUCAAGAUAAAAAUUUAAUUAAAAAUAGAAUUUUUUUUAAAUUUUGGCCUUGCAAAUAAAAAUGUUUCUUGAGGUGUCAUCUGCCAGCUAUAAAUUAAGUAAAACUUUAGAUACUUAAAAGUAAAAUAUAACCCACGAUUUCUGAAAGAAAAUGAAUAUAUUUUAGUUUGGCUACUAACUUAGGAACACAUAUUGAAAUGGUAACAAGUUAAGUAAUAGGUUGACCUUGUUGCCUUGUUCAACGUUAUACAAUCAUCCUAUUAUGUUUUCAAUUGAGGUCAAUUUUUUUUUUCUUAAUUUUACCUUACUAUUUGUUGACUCUUUGCCUUUUAUAAAUAAUUUUGAAUCAAGACACUUUCAAAUUUUCCACCAAACACAACAAAGGUAUUGUUUAAUUUUUUUUCUAUAGGUUUUAUUGAGAUAUGACCAUUAAAAAUAAAAAAAAUUCAAGAAUGAUAAUAAUGAUUAUGAUAAUAAUAAUAAUGAGUAAAUUAAAAAAUAAGGCAACUAUUCCAUUAAUUAGGAUUACACCUAAUAAAUUUAAAUAAAACUAUAUGAAUAUGAGCUAUUUAGUUUUAUGGCUUUUUACAUUUAUUAAUAAUCUAAUAAUGUUUUGUUUUCUGCCUCACGACUUUUAAUUUAUUAACACAAUACAAAAGCUUCUAAAAAUUCUCUUUGACUGCCUAGAGUCUGGGCCUGGGUGCUAUGCCUUUCCAUUUGACAAGAUUUGAAAUAAAAAUAUUUUUAGGCCUAAGAUUUAGACUAACCGUCCAAAGUAAGAUGUAAAAAUAUGAAAAGAAUAAAUUAAAUAAGGACCCAAAGUCUAUUUGCAAUUAACAUUUUGAUAAGUUUUUUUUUUUUUUUAAUCUUGUUAUUGUAACAAACAAUAUUUUUAUUUAAAAAUAACUUAAUUUACUCAGCUUGGUCAGAUUGGGAAACCAUUUGCAGCCUCCAGAGAUUUUCAUUUUCGUGUCAAUGGAAGAAAUACUGAUGCAAAAGUCUCAUCUUCAAAUGUAAGUAUCAUAAUUAAUAAUUACAAGAAAUAUCUUGGGCUUCGAGACUUCCUGUAAAAUAUUUUUAAAAUUGUAUCAGUGGAAAUGAAAUUUUCUGUCACAUAAUUAAACUUUUUUUUAUAGAUAAGUUAGUGUCAAAAGUUAUUAGGUUGUGUCUCCGGUAAAAUUUUUGAAAAAGUGACUUACAUGUUUAGAGAGUUUAUGUAAAAAUUUUAUUAAAUUAUUUAUAAAACCUUAACUUUUAUGUGCUUUUUAAGGUGUCAUAAUUGUUUUACAUAUCUACUAACCAUUUUUAGGGCUCUUCAAACAUGCACUCAUUUUGUUUUGCCCCCUUCCAGAUUUCUAGAGAUUACCCUGUAGUUGAUCAUCAGUAUGAUGCUGUGGUUGUUGGUGCUGGAGGAGCUGGGCUCCGAGCAGCAUUUGGUCUGGCCAAUGAGGGCUUCAAAACUGCCUGUAUAACUAAGUUAUUUCCUACCCGAUCACACACUGUAGCAGCCCAGGUCUGUUGAUUUAUGUUAUCUUAAUUUCUUGAAUAUAUGGACAGUAAAUAUCUCAGGUUUGUUUCUGAAUUUUAUCUUCGCACACCCUGCAAUAAAAUAAAAAUAUUUUAAAAUCAUUUGUGGAGAAAAAAAAUUAAUCAGGUUCCUUGGUCAAAUAGAGGUAGAAAAUGUUAAUAGUUUUAUAGAAUUUUUGCUGGAAAUUUACAAAGUGUACAAAGCAUGUUGGUAGCAGAAAUAUGCUUGAGAAGCAAAUUUAUAGAACCUUUAUAUAUUUUAGUCAAAAGGCCUGUGCCGUAAGGAUUUUUUUAAAGAUAACAUUUUUGUGCUACUUUCUGUCAUUAAAAUGAUUUAAAAAAUGAUUUAAUCAUACUCUUGAGCUUUUUAAGAUUAAAGCGCAGUUGUUUUGUGGGAAGUUAUUAAGUUUUUAUGCUUAAUAUUUACUGGUAAAUUUUCAUUGUGAUGAUAUAUCUGUUUUUACAAAUAUUUUCUUAAGGGUGGUAUUAAUGCUGCCAUGGGCAACAUGGAAGAAGACCACUGGCAGUACCACUUCUAUGAUACAGUGAAAGGAUCUGAUUGGCUGGGAGACCAGGACGCCAUCCACUACAUGUGUGAGGAGGCACCUAAAGCCGUGAUUGAGGUAGAAAUUAAAAAAAAAACAAUAAUUUAAUUAAGAAUCUUCUAAAAAAAGAUUUUUCGAACAUUUCUAUAAACCAUGCAGAGGUUUAUGGUUUUUAACCAAAAUAACUUUAGACAACUAACAUUCUGUGAUUUUCUUUUAGCUGGAAAACUAUGGUAUGCCAUUUAGCCGACUUGAGAAUGGAAAAAUCUACCAGCGUGCUUUUGGUGGGCAGAGUUUGAAGUUUGGCAAAGGUGGCCAGGCUCACAGGUGUUGUGCUGUGGCUGAUAGGACAGGGCACAGUUUGUUGCAUACACUGUAUGGCAGGGUGAGUGGAUCAGUCCCUAUUCAAUAAUUAAGCAUGAAAAGGGUUGAUAGAAUUAUGUUAUUAAUAUUUGGGAUAACACAUGCUUCAAUAAAGUAAUGGAUUUUUUUUAAAAUUUUUACACACACGUUUUCUUUCUACACCCCAAUAUUUCUUGAUGCAAAGUGAUUUACCUGUAUUUGAAAAGUUGUUCAAAAUUGUUUCUCAUGUUUUCCAGUCCCUCAAGUAUGACACCAACUACUUUGUUGAGUACUUUGCCCUUGAUCUGAUCAUGGAGGAAGGGGAAUGCAGAGGUGUGAUUGCUCUCUGUCUUGAAGAUGGCUCCAUCCACAGAUUCCACAGCAAGAACACUGUCAUUGCCACUGGGUUGGUUCUUGUUCACACAAUUUUUGGGAUGAUAGUUGCUUUUUUUUUUUUUGCACACUAUUUGUUAGCAUUGAGAUUUUACAAUAGCUUUGAGUAGCAUCAUUAUAAUCAUAUUCUGGUGAAUUGAUAAAACGUCAUGAGAGAUUAAACCUUUCUUCAGAUGCUUGUAUUAUAUCCAAGUAUAGUACAAAAGAUUCUAAUUGUUAGUAAAAUAAUUAAUUUGAGUCUAUUUUGAACUAUAUAUAAAUAUAAAAAAUAGUAAAUGCUAAGAAAAAACCUUUGUUUUAAAAAACUUCAAAUGUUUGCUUCAGUGGCUAUGGACGCACUUUUUUUUCGUGCACCUCUGCUCACACUUGCACUGGAGAUGGCACAGCUAUGAUCAACAGGGCAGGGCUGGCUAAUGAAGAUAUGGAAUUUGUACAGUUCCACCCAACAGGUGAGCUAACAGUAAUUGAUCAACUCUGUUUGAAAGUUUUGCUCUGGUUUAAAAAGUAACUUUGGUGAUGUCUAGGGCAACUGGUGCACAUUUUAUCAAACAUGGGAGUAUUUUAUAACUAUGUAAAAAGUUUCUUGAAAUUGAUUGAAAUAUUAUAUUUUAAUUAAAAAAAGGAAAGUAGGUUAUUUUCUAAAAGUACCUUCAUAUUUUUUAUAUGGUUCAUACCAAUGUAUUAUUUCUUUAUUCAGGUAUCUAUGGUGCUGGGUGUCUGAUCACUGAGGGAUCCCGUGGUGAGGGAGGCUUCCUUGUGAACUCUGAAGGUGAACGUUACAUGGAGAGGUAUGCACCCAAUGCUAAAGAUCUGGCCUCAAGAGAUGUGGUAUCACGUGCUAGCACCAUUGAGAUCAGAGAGGGCAGGUUAGUUCAUAUGCUAUUGGUUUGUGUGUAUUUUAUUAAAUGGAUCCUUUUUUUUUUUUUUUUUAAAUAUAUCAUCUAAACAAAUUAUCCUGAAAUACUUAAGACAGAAAAUGAAAUUUUUUUUCUUCAUUUGUUUAACUGUUUUCAUAUAGUUUUUUGUUUUUUUGUUUUUUUUUUUGUGGUUUUUUUUUUUUUUUUUUUUUAAAUAUAUCAUCUAAACAGAUUAUCCUGAAAUACUUAAGACAGAAAAUGAAAUUUUUUUUCUUCAUUUGUUUAACUGUUUUCAUAUAGUGGACACCUGUAGAUUUUUUUUACCAUGGCCUCAUUCAAAAGGCUGAAUCCAAAUGGUUUUAUGGAAAAGAAUGAUGAGGAUGAUGUCAUUCGUAAUUUAAACUAGAGUGUAAAAAAAAAGGCUGUAAGGACAUGUGCUCAGAGUGAUAGCUAAUUUCAGAUGAAUGUUUCAGAGGCUGUGGCAAAGACAAGGAUCAUGUUUACUUGCAACUUCACCAUCUGGAUCCUGAAGUGUUGCACACUCGCUUGCCAGGUGAGUUGUGAGAAUUACAGCUGUCUGCCUCUUGUUGUACUUUCUGCAAUAGCUGCUCUUCACUACAGAGCACCAGUCAUUCUAGAAAAUAUGCUUUUAAAGUAUUCAAAAUUCAUUACGUAAAAAAGGAACUGCAACAUUGUCAUUUAUUUUAUUCUAAAAGCAAAAUUGCCAGGCUUUGAUAAAGUAGGAUUUGUUAAUUGAAGAGAAGUUUAUUUUCACUGAUCAAAUUGACCAACAUCUUUCAGCCAUUCAAUAAAUCAAACAUUUUUUUUUCCAGGUAUUUCUGAAACUGCUAUGAUCUUCGCUGGUGUUGAUGUAACCCGAGAGCCCAUCCCUGUCCUGCCCACUGUCCACUACAACAUGGGUGGUAUCCCCACUAACUACAAGGGACAGGUUAGUGUACACGAUGAUUAAUAAAUGACAAAUCAAAUUUGAAAGAUAUUCACAAAUUUUAAUUCAUUAUUAAAAUAAUUGAUUAAUAAUAUGGAGCGUUGUCGAUAGUUUUAUUAAAGAAACAAAGUGUAUCAUUUAGGGACCUCCACAAAUUUUUUUGCAUCUGUAAUCUCUAUUUUUCAAUUGCCUAUGACCAGGUAAUCAAAUACAGCAAAAAGACGGGUGAUCAGGUGGUCCCUGGUCUUUAUGCAGCAGGUGAGUCGGCCUGCGCUAGUGUGCAUGGGGCCAAUCGUCUUGGGGCCAACUCUCUACUGGACAUUGUAGUGUUUGGAAGAGCUUGUGCCAAUACAAUCAUUGAAGAGAACAAACCAGGAGAUAAGAUUGGACCCAUUAAACAGGUUACUAUUGAAGACAUUCAUUUUAAGUGUUGCUUCUUUAAAUGGUUUCUAUUUUACUGUUUCUGCAUACCGGUACGGGGAAUAUUUAUUAAACGUUUAUUAGAUGAUGGUUUUAUUUCAGUGUUUUAUUACUGAUUAUAUUUGUGGCAAAAUUCCUGCCGAAGACAAUAGGGGACUGGAACAAGCUUCCAAAAGCAACAGUUGAGGCGGCUACACUCGAGACAUUUGUGUCUAUUGCCUCCUGUAUUCCAACCCCCAGUUCAUAACACCACUGCUGAGUCGCCCUUGCAACCAGUGAAGUAUCCCAUUGAAACCCAUGGACAGUAACAUCGCAAACCCCUCUGAAACAUAGGAGCCAGAAUGAUCAAUUCAUUGAUCGUGGGCCCUAAAAAUAAAGAAGAAGAAGAAAAACUGGAAAUUAUUUAAUAUACAUAUUUUUUAUUUAUAUGGUUUUCAUUAACUUUAUCUCUAAUAAAGAACUUGUUACUUUGUUUGUCCCUGAAAUUUUAAAAUAAUCCACACUUUAUUUAUAAAAUGAUUUUAGAAGAAAAUUUCCGUAAAUUAAUUCUAUUUAUUUUUAGAAUGCUGGUGAGGAGUCGGUUGCUAAUCUUGACCGUUUGAGACACGCCAAUGGCUCAACUACAACAGCAGACCUCAGGUUACAGAUGCAGAAGGUGUAGUAUAAAUAAUAAUCUAUUAUACAAUCUAAACAGAUUUUUUUCUGUUCCAUUCUGUCUAGCAAAGUAGGGGGGACUAGCUUAAUCAGAGAUCAAAAUUAAAAUGUUUAUCAUAAUUUUUUUUUUUAAAUGGAGUGGUUAUAAUCUUAAAUAUCAAGAUUGAAAACAUUGUUCAAGAGACAUUUAAUCUUUUAGUGAAAAAAAAUCCCAACUUUUAACUUUCCUAUAAUUUGAUUCAGGGAAAUAUGUAUUUUGGUUGUAAGAUCAAAAUAAUGUUAUCUGGGUUGUAACAUUUUUGUAUAAUUUCUAAUGAAAUAAAUAUAUGUACGACUUUACAAUUGAAUAGUAGGUUUUUUUUUAAAUGCUGAAAUAAGCUGAUAGAUUUGUUUUCUUUUUUUGGAAGAAAAAGUAUGAGAAGAAAGCAUAAUUUUUUAAAUUUUAAAUCAAAGAUCUAUAAUAUACCAGGGCUUAUCCAGGAGGUGCAGUUUUUUUUUACACCAGGUCCAGGUAUUUUGAGAAUUAGACCUACACACAGUCCAAAACCCUACCUGUCAUCUUUAAACUACAGGCCAACCAAGAAUCCUACACCAUAACCUGCUGACCUUUAAACACUAGUCCUACAGAGAGUGCUACACCAUAACUCUGACUCUUUAUUGAUUAAUAAAAUAGUCCAGUCGCGCCCCCCCCCCCAAAAAAAAAACAUUCCUGAGUUCACAUGUCACACAUGAUAGACUUUUUCUUUCACUCUGUACUAUUAAUAUAAAACACUUUAAUAUACAACAUAAGACCCCAUGGUUAGGGGUGGGGCGGUUUGGAGAGCAGGGCAUACCAGAAGCCAAAUAUAUCAUUGGAUUUCAAUGGAAUAGUAGUUGUCAGAGUCUCAACCUCAAAAGUUUCUCACCCCUACAGACAAUGCAGAACCAUGCUAGUGUUUUCCGUGAAGGUAUUAGCUUGAAAGAAGGCUGUGACAAGAUGGCCAAGAUUUAUCAAGGAAUGGACGAUUUGAAGGUAUCAAAGAUGUUACAUUUUUAGAAUUUUUAUUGAAAUGAACAGCUGAUUUAACAAAGUUCUGUGAACUACUUUUCAACAUAGAUUAAACGCAUAGACUACCAAAUUGAAAAGAAAAACCUGGUUUACAUUGUUUAUAUAUAGACUUAAAUGUAAUCUUCUUUAUUAAUUAAUGUAUUUAUUAGAUUUCAUAAUUAUUUAAAAAAUCCAAAUUUUUAGCACACUAAUUUAUCAGCAAGUUUGUGUUAUUAACUUAAAAUUGAAUUUGAUUCAUUUGACUAAAGGCAUGUUAAAAAUGAUUUUGAAUUACAAUUCACACGCUCUGCAAAAUUUCAGGUGUCUGACAGGGGUCUUAUCUGGAAUACUGACCUCAUUGAAACACUGGAGCUACAAAAUCUCAUGAUCAACGCUGUACAAACAAUUGUUGGUGCUGAAGCCAGAAAGGAGAGCAGAGGGGCUCACCACAGGGAAGACUUUCAUGUAAGUUUAUAAAUAACAUUAGUCUUAACUUGCAUAUCUGAUCAUUAACACAACCUUUAAAGCAUUGUGUGUUCAUCUUUUCUUUCUUUUUUUAAAUAGAUGUAAAUACCUUUAAAAAUAAUUGUUUGUAUUUAUUUAGACGCGUAUUGAUGAGUAUGAUUACAGUAAGCCAUUAGAGGGACAGCAAAAGAAACCAUUUGAGCAGCAUUGGAGGAAACAUACUCUUGCUUAUGUUGACCAAAAGACAGGCGAAGUAAGAAAUGUUCUUCUAUCUUUACUGAUGUUCCUACUCAUUGUGUUAAAAAAAAAGUCCCAGAGAAAAGAAAGAGGCAGGGAGGGGGAUUCUUGAAUAGUUAUUGCUAUAAAAUACAUUUGAUUAGUUUUCUUUCGGGCUUUUUUUCCCCUCAUCUAAAUUUAAACAUUAUUCUCCUUAGACGACAUAGCAAACAUAAGCUAAAUUUUUAUGGAUGGUUUUAUAAUCAAGGAUAAAGUUAGUGAAGCAGGUUAUUUUUUUUUUAAGUAUUGAAAGAUGAAAAACAGCACAUAAAAAAUAAAUGUUGCUAAGAGCAAGUUCAAGAUGUUUGUUACUUAAUCUUGUUCUUUACUUUAAGACGAGUGGGGCAGGACCUUAUUGUAGGAAUUAAAUUUAAAUUGUAGGAUCAGUGGCUACUAGCUAUCAAUGGAUAAUUAUGUUGAAAAAUGUGUCCCAAUACAAAUCCACCCCAAUGAAUUAGUUCCCUCUGGAGUCUUAGUCCUAACAUUAUGUCGUGUCUACAGCAGUAGCUCUGGUCAGUCCUCACCAUUCAGUUUCUGCCAUGAUUUCUUUCAGGUCACGUUAGACUACCGUCCUGUCAUUGACAACACCCUCAACCUGCAGGAGUGUCCCCUAGUUCCGCCUGCCAUCAGGAGCUAUUAAUUAAGCUGGUAAGUAUGGAGUUGCAUUGCAAUAUUGAAUAAUUUGAGCCAAUCUCAAAUUUGAGGGCAUUAUUUAUCAAGUUUAUUGAUGAUAAUAAAGAAUUUGAUUAAUCUGCUGGGACAAGCAAGAACAGGCUGAGAUGAGAAAUGAUUUCUAAGUGCUCACCAACAUGUCCAAAAAAAAUGAGUGAUGUUGAAUUUAAAAGUUUUUAACUUAAAUUCUCUAGUGACAGACAGUGUUUAAUAAAGUAUUUUCGGCCCAGACAGGUUUGCAUUUCAUUUGCUUAAGGGCCAGCAAUGUUAAAACAAUUAAUCAUUCUCCCUCCUUUUCUUAUUGCGUAGGUAUAUUUUUGGGUGAAAUGGUUUCAGAAUGACUGUGAAAAUUGUUGCACUCAUAUGUUAAUGCCAGGAUCCCUCCCCUCUACAGAUCCAGCUCCUGAUGAAUUGUUGUUUUUUUUAGUUUUUCAAGUGCAAUGAUUUUUUUGCCCCCCCAGGCAUGGGACGACAACCACUUGAAAUGAUUCCUGAUAACAAAGCUCACUUGAUCUGCCAGGCAAGAACUCAAGGAGGAAUGGGGAAUGUACGUUUUCAUUAACUGUAGAAUGACUUGUUAAACCAAUGUUUUUACUUUUAAAUUGCUUUAUGAUAUUAUUCACUAAUCUCAAGCUGGCUGCACUGAUAUUUUGACAGGAGUGGAAAGGCUGCAUGUCAAGAUGUCUAAAUAAAUAUGUUUGAUUGUAAAAUGAUAUGUUGUUUUUUCUAUGACAGAGGGCUCUAUUAUAAGUAGUGCAGUUGUUGUUUUUUGUUUUUUUUUUUUGGCAAUUGCUUAAUCUUGUCAUGGUUGUAGCAUCAAAGACUGGACAAGUUACCAUUAUACAGGCAUAAAAGGAUUUCUUGAUAAAAAUCAUUUUUACAGAAAAAAGUGUUUAUCAGAUUGUAAUGCUAAACCUAAAUUUAAAAUAAAAAUAAAAUUUCAAAAUGAAUAGAAAUUAAACAUUUAAUAAGUUGGACAUAUGAUGAACUCCUCUGCUAUUUUUGAGGAUUCAGAGCAGAUAACAAUUACAUGGUCAUUUUUGAUUGGCCUAUUUUGCUAUAUUAAAAGAAAUGAAUUGUUGAAUCCAUCCAUCAAAAAAGUUGGUUUCUUUUAUGCAAAGUCAGUUGGCUGUGAUUUACCCUGACAGUUGGAUUCUGACAGAUGCCCAUUUAGUUAUCUGUUGGAUUUUGACAGAUAUCCAUUCAGUUAUCUUUUAGAUUCUGGCAGAUUAGUUAUCAGUUAUCUUUUGUAUUCUGGCGGAUGUCCAUUCAUAUAUAUCCUGCAGUUCACACUGAAGUCAAGUCGAAAUUUACUGAUACAUAAUUUAUUUUGUAAAACUUCAACACCGGGAAGCCAGUGAGAUUUUCCUGAAAGCUGCUGGUCAAUAUCAAUCAUUGUAAUAUUUCCAAAACCAGUAAUUUUUUAUUUUAUUUUAUUAAUUAGUCACAAUAGUUUGUAUCUGUUAGGGGAAUUUCUGUGUUAAAUGCUUUUUUUUUAAAGAUGUGUAUUGAAUUAAUGUUAUUAAAUUAAAAAAUACUUUGAAGUUACAUAAAUCUAUUUGCACAUCUCUUGAUGAAAUCGAUUUAUAUGUAAAUAUGUUCUGUUCUGUUAAAGUUAAAUGGUUAGAAAUGAGCUUUCUUACUCCAGUCAAUAAAUGUGGUAACAAAAAUUUGGGAAAAGAUCUUUUGUUGGUAAUUUAAUUUCAAACAUUUUAUUUUUUGUACUGUUAAACUCCAAAUAUAUUUUUAUCAUAAUUUAUAACAAAUAAAAUAAUCCCGAAAUUUAAAUAAC